AUGGACGUAAUUGAUUUCGUAAAAAUGCAAGGUCUCGGCAACGAUUAUAUAUUCAUUGACACGAUUUCCAACGAGCUGAGUGUAACACAACUUGAGCAGCUGCAGCAACCAGCGAAAAUUGCCGCUCUUUGCGAUAGAAAUUUCGGUGUUGGAGGUGACGGACUUGUGUUUAUUUCCUUGGAAGAAACUGGUGGGGAAACGGGGGAUGUUUUUGGAAUGAAAAUGUUCAAUGCAGAUGGAUCAGAAGGGAGGACAUGUGGGAACGCUCUCAGGUGUAUAGGACAUUAUCUGCAAAAAUCUCAAAUCGCUGAAACAAAAUAUAUGAAAAUAAAGACCGCAUCUGGCACGGUAAAUUUGAUAGCGCACGAAGGCGAUCAAAUAGAAGUCAACAUGGGUUCGGUGGAGCUUAUGUCAUCCCCCGAGCCGUUGCUUUUAGAAGAUGUCAAGGAACCGUGCAAAGAAAAUAAGCGAAAACUUGCGCUCGUCAAUCUUUUUACGGAAUAUAAAAAUACCCAAUUUUCAAUUUCAACGUGGUCUUAA